AUGAUCCCCAAAUUGGAUUGGAGCGCACUGGUUCAGGCGGCUGAUGGGGUGAGUGUCUGUCUGACUACCACUGUCUGGAAUGCCAAACAAACGUGUACACACCAGGGUUUACUCCCAACGGAAAACACAAACGAGAGUUUCUAUUGGACAAAUUCAGGUAGGUCCAUGAAGAGAGAUAGAGGACUCAUCUUUGUAUCUGUGCCGUUAUAGUUUAUGUGACAGCCAAGGGGCCAGUGUUCAGAUCUAGAAGCACGGUUUCGACUGCUCCUACAGUUUUGCUUCUGUACUGCAGUUUAACUGACACCCCGCCCAGAAAAACAAUUUUCAUACAUUGCCACUUAGAGAAGUCAGAUUUCAACAUUCCUAAUAAGACACUUUAGUUAACACCUUUGUGCACAAAACAUCCAUUGAAUCAUUCAAAUAAUUGUCGCUGAGGCAGAUUAUUUUUUUCAUCACUCACAGCCGAAGACAUUAACAUUUUAUAUUCAUCCAAUGUCUGCCAUCUUUUUGGAUGACGUGAUGAUGUCGUCGCUGCUCGCGAUGCUCCCUGUGCACACUGAGUGCUAGUGCGCAUGGAAUGUUGGUCCUUAUAAACCGGAUAUAGACUGUCCAUGAAUCGGCUUAUGCGAACAUGAGUAGAUUACCUUGAAAACAAUAGUCAGACAUCUUUGACGCAGUCUCCAGUUCUUAUUAUACCUCAGUGGUGACAGCAUGGGCAGCGCCAUCGAGGCUAUCUCCAUUGUAAAGUAGUCAAUUGUAUUCUUUGCAAUUGGCUGAUCCCUCCUGAUGACCCAGUUGGACAUGACUCCAACAGGAGGGAUCAGCCAAUGAAGUUGGAAGUCCCACCCAGUUGACUUCAUUAAAAUGGUGGAAGCCCUCAAUUGCGUUGCCUAUGCUAAUACGGCCUUUUGGCCACUAGAGGCCUCUAUCUUUCUCUAUGGUCCCUUCCUGUUUUGUUCCAUUUGCUCUGUACACCCCUGUGCAAAGUCAUUUAAAGCUACUAUAUCCAACAGAGGUAGAAUAGUUAACUAGUCUUAUAACCUAUAUGGCAUGUAGACUAACUAUACUUUGGUCUAACUAAUACAGAUAGGUUUUACCAAAAUUCUAAGUCUUGAUUCUUGUGGUUGUGGUUGUAUGGCAAUAUUACUGUCUUCCAGUAUAUCCUAAUUCCUAACUGUGGUCUUUCUCCAGCUGGGUCAUCUUCAGGGCUCACCUGCAGAGCUGGUUACGGACUAUGAGAAGAAUGAAGACUUCCUGCAUAAAGUACACAGGGUUCUGCUGAAGGUUAUGUUCACCAUAAAUAACCUGAUAGUAAUGAAUUGUUCUUCAUUACUUGAGUCAUAGUUCUAUCAACUCCUAUUUUGGUGAGUAGAAGGAUGCAUAAUGCUUUUAGUACUAUGGGAAUAUGAGGACAUCUAGUGGUCAGGUUAGGUAGAGUCCCAGUCACGUUUCCCUCUGGCUGUUUCAUUCUGCUUGAUAAAAUGUGAUUGUAGGUUUCCACUCUUCUCCUAUGUAAACACACUGCAUUGUGUAACCUACAACCCUAUUGUCACUAGGGCUGUAACUAUACCAGUAUCGCAAUAUCUUUUCCAUGGCAAAAAUGAAAACAGGAAGCAGACCAAACUCUCAUCCUUUAAAAACCUGCUGUAUGUAAAAUAUUGUCUGCUAUAGCUUGGAAAAUAAAUAAAUGUGACUCUAGAUGACAACAUGAUGAUGUUUGUUUCCAACAUUAGGGCUGUUUUCCUAAAGAAGUUUAAAUCCGCUUUGUGUUUUGUUUCCUUGCCACGAUACUAACGAGUAUCGUGCUGGCCCUAAUUGACACAGACACACAGAGAGUAACCACAGGUGAUGUGACGUGUAUCGGUCUCUCUUCUGUCCAGGUGGAGGUGCAGGAGGGGUGUCUGGAGUGCCCAGAGUCUGGCCGUGAGUUCCCCAUCUCCCAAGGGGCCCCCAACAUGCUGCUGGAUGAGGACGAGGCAUGGAGGAGGGGG